AAACCCAGCGCCUCCAGACAGGCUGAUCAUUGUCGCGCCCCUCGGCGGGCCUGUAUCGUGGGCGGUCGUGCAAGUCCUGGGGCGAGGGGGGUGCGGAGGGGGCCGCCCCCCUUGGGCGGGCUCUGAAGGCAGCAGCAAAGCCUGUGGCGGGGGCCUGCUGCUAGGGGAAACCUGCGUGGCUGGUGUUCUGGGUCGGAACCGCGCCUGUUCAUGGUUACAAACCAUGAUCAUUGAUUAAACAGAAAGGAAAAUAAGAUUAUUGUGAGGUUUCCUUACUAAGAAAGCUAAUUUUUUAGUUUUUCUAGGGACUCUGUUAUUUGUGACUACAAUGGAAAACUUAGACAGUGAUGAUCUGGUAACUGACAAACUGCUCAAGCCCAAAAGCUCAAAAGAAUGGUUGGAGCCACAGCCAGUUUCUUUUAUGGAGGCAUUAGCUAAAGAAGAUAUUGAUGCAGCUUUUCAUUCCAUAUUAUAUAGAGAAAAUUAUGCAAUUAAGGAACUAGAUAAGUAUUUGAAACAUCAUGACUUCUUAAAUACAAGAAGAAAGGAGAUAUUAUACAAAAGAUGGGUUGACCAUGUGGCAAAUCCUCUCCAGAAGAAAAUUAUAGAAAAAGUUUGUUCACAUAAGAAGAUUAAAAAUAGGAGAAGAGAAGAAUUAGAUGGUUUUUUAAAAUAUGUGAAUAAACAGGGAACUGCAUUUAUAGAACAUUAUGAUCCAAAAGAGUAUGAUCCUUUUUAUAUGACUAAAGAGGAUCCCAGUUUUCUGAAGGUCACCAUCCCACCACUUCGUGACCCUUUGAAAAAGGUACAAUUUGACAAGGAUGAUGAAAAAAGAACUCUUCUUCAGUGUGAGAAUGGCAAAAUAUAUACAAUGAAAGAAUUUAAAGAGGUUGAGAAGGCCAGACUGCUUUCCAGAUUCCCGAGAAUUUCUAAUUCAAGGCAAUUUAUGACUCCGAAUGAGUGGCUUAAAGUGCCUAAAUGCUACAUAGAAAGUGAAUUUUGUAAAAGGAGCAGGUUAAAAGUGAAAGUGAAUUUUAACGAGUGUAGCUUUGAUGUGGAACCCUCAGUGAGAGCACCUCAUCUUUUGGCAUCUCAGGAAGAAGAAAAAGCUAUUGUUUAUGGAAAUAAAGGGUCAUCUUUUUUGGAAAAAGAACCUCUAUGCUAUCAGGAGGGAAAGAACCCAAGUCCCAAGGAGGCCAACUCUGAAGGGCACUUUUCUUCCCUGAGCCUCAGCCUGGAGGUGGAAAGGGAUGAGGACCAGGAUGCGAAGCUUUUAACAACCAAGGAGCACAUACCCUAACCCUCCUGGUAAAAGAGGACAUAAAAGGAGACUGCUUCAGAGGAAGCCACCCCUCAGCAGCAAUCAUUCAGGGUGAGGACCAAGGAAGGCACUCAAGAAUUGUACUAUGUCUAAGAAAGAAUCUGUAAUAAAUUUCACUUUUGAGUUCAGUAUCAGUAUGAUAAUUAAGAAGUAACAAUAUCAUGUAUUAAUACUUAUUACAAAUUAUUUUCCCCAGAUGUUAAGAAGUAUUAUUGGAAAGAUCCAAUAAAAAUAAUAGCUACC